CGCUCGAAAGUCGGUUUUUGUGAGUAAGUCGAGAAACCUUUUGGGCUUUAUAUCUUCCUAAUCCCUCUUCGUCCCAAUCUUCACAUUUAGCUUUCCUUCUGUUGCAACUUUGCUAUCUCUCCGAACCAACGUCAACUCAUCUGUCAAACUAUCUCUCAUCAGAGCCUGCGCCUCUUAAAACUCUUUCGUCCAUCCACAGAAAUACUCCCAGUUGUCCCUCCCAUUGGUGUCCAGAUGGCGAGAACGAUCCUGGCUGUGGAGAAGAAUGAGAUGAUGGAAAUGGGAGUCCAGGAGAUGGCUGAUAUAAUUGUAGGAUUGAGUCUGGCUGGGAUUGAACAGCUCCUGUUUUACAAAUAUCGGUAUGAACGAGAAGUGCAGAUAGGAAGUGGAAGUUAUAGUUCGGGAAAGCAAUGAGAUGACGGAAAUACGAAUAAUGGAGAUGGAUGAGACUCAAGCUGUAAUAUAGAAUCUCCUUAUGUCUGUAAUGGUUGGCCUUCAACUUGAACUCUUUGUAGCAAUAGCGCUAUUGAUGCAGGUGAACAGUGUGAUGAUGGAAACCUUAUUGAUGGAGAUGGAUGCAGCUCAUCUUGCCAAAUAGAGUCAGGUUACGAAUGUUCCGGAACACCUAGCUCAUGAAACUUAAUCUGAAGUAAUUCAGUUAUUGAUUCAGGAGAAGGAUGAGACGAUGGAGGAGUGACUUCGAGUGAUGGAUGAGAUGCAACAUGACAAAUAGAAUCAGGGUGGGAGUGCUUUGGAGCUCCCAGUGCUUGAAACCUUAUCUGAAGUAACUCUCGUAUAGAUUCGGAUGAGCAAUGUGAUGAUGGGGGCUUAUCAGGAGGUGAUGGCUGCGAUUCAACAUGUCAAAUAGAAUCUGGAUGGGAAUGCUCAGGAGUACCAAGCUCUUGAAACUUGAUCUGAAGCAAUGGGAGAAUUGACUCGGAAGAGCAAUGUGAUGAUGGCAACCUUAUCAACGGAGACGGCUGAGAUGAUACUUGUCAAGUUGAAACACUCUACGAAUGUCCAAUAUCUAACCCAAGUGUCUGCAACUUAAUUUGAAGCAAUGGUGAGCAUAACUCACCAGAAGAAUGAGACGAUGGAAACACAGUUGACAAUGAUGGGUGAGACAGCAACUGUAAAGUUGAAGGAGGAUGGGUUUGAUCAUCUUAUCCGAGUCAGUGUUCAUUUUGAGGAGAUGGUCUCACUGAAGUGUUAGAAACUUGUGAUGAUGCAAAUGUUGUAAAAGGUGAUGGUUGAAAUGAAAUGUGUUCAACUGAGCAAUAUUAUCAGUGCACUGGGCAACCUUCUAUCUGAAAAAUAUCCAAAGUAGAAGCUGAAGCUGGAGUUCAGAAAAUUGGUAAUUCAGUGUCAGCAUCAUUAAAUGCAGGGAUGUCAUUGCAACUAGUAAUAGCAGUGGUAUUAGGCCAGAGUUUAUCGUCAAUGUGGAUUCUCAUCAACACUCUUCAAAUCAUCCAUUAUUCUGCAAUGAUGACUUUGUAUUUUCCUAAAAUUGUGGUUACUCUGUUUGGCUUCCUAGGUGUAGUUAACCUUGAAAAUAAAAUGUUCUCGAAGUUGUUCUUACUCCAUUUUGACAGCUCCCAAAUUGAAGACAGAGAAUCUUGGGAUUACAGGUUUGAAAACCAGAAUGUAGAGUCGACCAAUGUGCUUUUAAACUGAGCUGACAUGUUCUUUGCUUUGAUUUUAUUGGUUCUAUACAAUAUAUUUAUUAUGUUUCUUGCUUGAAUAUUCGAGCGAUGAUGGCCAAGUAAUGCCAAGUUGAAAAAGGAUGCAAAAAUUUGUACCAAGCUCAUGACUUUCAUCAGCAAACGGAUCAGUGUCAUACAAGAAGACUUCUUCUUUAACUCAGUUUAUAGAAUUGCUUUUGAACUGUUUCUGGAUAUCUUCUUUGCAAGUCUGUACAGUAUUUACAACAUAAGGUGGGAUAACUACAUUGAUUACUAUUCUAACGCAGUGUCGUUUAUCUGGAUUAUCAUAUUCAGUUCGGUGAUGAUCAGCAUUCCAUUGGUGUACUGCUGGUUGCCCAAGAACUACGAUAAAGAUAGUGGAAGGUUCAAAGUGCUAUUUGAAGACUUUAAGCAUAGUAACAAAGUGUACAUGCUAGACCACUUCAUAUUUCUUUGGAGGAGACUCGCUCUUAUACUUGUGCUGAUUAUGAGGUGGAAUCAUGGGAUUCAACAAAUAAGUAUUUUUCUGUUUGCAUGUGCAAUUGUUGUAUUAUGGAAGAUUAUCGCUCGACCAUUUAAUAGCGCGAUCUUGAAUUUCCAAGAUAUUAUCUUUGAAAUUUUCUUGACUUGUAUCAUUCUUAUGUACUUUAAAUUUACAAACUCGGAUGAUGAAUUAGCCUCAUCUGGAACUAACCACUGGAUCGGACUCGCCUGAGCAUUUCUAAUACUAGCAAUGAUUGCAAUAAACGUAGUAACGACUGGGUACUUGAACAUUCAUAAAUUAUGCUUCAAGCAGAAAAAGGGUCAAAUCAAUGUGAAGAAGGCGAUAAAGAGAAUCAAAAAGAAGAUCCCAUCAAAUAUGAAUCUAAGGGAGAUAUGUCAAAGGGAAAGUAUACCCAAGAGGAUGCAAAGAAAUAAUAAUUUUGAAUCAGAAAUAUCGGUAUCUCAAAAAUCAGUAUCAGAAAACUCGGAAAUGUCUAUUUUCCAUCCAAAGCUUUAUACUCGCCCAAGACUCUCUACUACAGGCGUAAUUCCACCUAAAAUUUACCACCGUGAGAGUACUAAUUUCCCAGAUGAACCCGAUUUUGACUUUAAUGACCAUCAUGAGCAUAAGUUUCAUGUCUCAAAGAUUAUUUAUGAAAAAGUGAAGGUUGCUAAAAAUAGAAUAUAA